CUUGUUCUUCAGUCCAUGCACAUCUUCUGAGUUCUGACCUUCCGGCGGUCUGGCCAUAACUUUCCGACCGAUUCACCGGAGACGAGGUCUACUUGAAUCUCCAUCUCCGGCAGCCGCAGAAGAAAGACGUAGCUGCCAUGGCAGAGAAGGAAGAACAGACCGAGUGGCAUUUGCACAGCGGACAAUACCUCGGAGAAAUCUCAGCUCUAUGUUUCCUCCACUUACCUCCUGAAAUCUCCUCUCUCCCAAUUCUCCUCGCAGGCUCGGGUUCUGAGGUACUGGUGUAUAACUUGGAAUCUGGAAGAAUUAUAAAGUCGUUUCGGAUAUUUGAAGGGAUUCGCGUGCAUGGGAUUUCAUCAAUACCUUUGAAUUUCAGUGAAGCGUCGUCUUCUACUAAGCUUGAUUUUGUUCUAGUUGUUUUCGGUGAAAAAAGAGUCAAGCUAUAUCGUAUAAGCGUCGAAUUGGUUGCUGAAGUAUGCGUGGAUUUGAUCCUGUUAUGUUCUUUACCGAAGUUUAAUCAUUGGGUCUUGGAUACUUGCUUCUUUAAGAGCAGUGACUCUUCUUCCAUGGCAGGUGAUGAUAGCUGCGGUUGUAUUGCCAUUGGAUGCAGUGAUAAUUCUGUUCAUGUUUGGGAUGCUUCUGAAUCUAGAAUGAUUCUUCAAGUUGAAUCACCAGUGAGGUGCCUUUUAUACUCAAUGCGGUUGUGGGGUGAUGAUAUUAAGACUCUUCGCAUUGCAUCUGGUUCUAUUUUUAACGAGAUAAUUGUUUGGGAAGUGGUUCCCUCAGAAAUGACUAAGAUAGAUCACGAUGAGAAGAGCAAUGGCAUUCCAUUUCACCAUUUGCAAUAUGAGGCUAUUCAUAUAAGCAGGCUUGUUGGACACGAGGGUUCGAUCUUUCGCAUUACUUGGUCCUCCGAUGGAUCCAAACUGGUCUCUGUUUCUGAUGAUCGUAGUGCUCGCAUCUGGAGGGUACAUGCAAAAAGGAAUGAUGCAGAUAGCCCUGGGGAGGUUAUUGUUAUGUUUGGCCAUAAUGCUAGAGUUUGGGACUGCUGUAUCGAUAAUUCUUUGAUAAUUACCGCUGGUGAGGAUUGUACAUGUCGUGCUUGGGGACUAGAUGGCAAACAGCUGGAGAUGAUAAAGGAGCAUAUAGGGAGAGGUGUAUGGAGAUGUUUGUAUGAUCCAAUUUCCUCUCUUCUUAUUACUGCUGGCUUUGAUUCUGCUAUUAAAGUGCACCGGUUAAACACUUCAUCAUUUGGGACCUCCAACGAACCUGCUGAAAUUACCAGCUGUAGUAUGAAAAGAGAGGUUUUCACUAGUUGUAUUCCAAAUUCAUUGGAUCAUAAUGGACUUAUUGACAGCAAAAGUGAGUAUGUGCGCUGCUUGAGGUUCUCGUCUGAAUUUACACUCUAUGUUGCCACAAACCGGGGUUAUGUGUAUCAUGCUACAUUAUCUGAUACCAUGGAUGUGAUGUGGACUAAACUUGUUCAUGUUAGUGAAGAGGUUCCAAUUGUUUGUAUGGAUUUAUUGCCUUCAAAUCCAUCCACAGUUUCCAGUGGAGCUGAGGAUUGGAUUGCUCUUGGAGAUGGUCAAGGAAGAAUGACAGUUUUAAAAGUUCUAGGCGAUUCAAAUGCCCCUAAGCCUCACAUCUUGCUUAACUGGUCAGCUGAAAUGGAGAGACAGCUUUUAGGAACCUUUUGGUGCAAGUCACUUGGAUUCAGGUACAUCUUUACUGCUGAUCCUAGAGGGGUAUUGAAACUCUGGAGGUUAUAUGAUCAUGUACCAGCUUCUCAGAAUGACGGAAAUUAUAAUGUAUCUCUUAUGGCUGAAUAUAUAUCAUGCUUUGGCAUGAGGAUUAUGUGUUUGGAUGCAUCAUUUGAGGAAGAGAUUGUGGUGUGUGGUGAUGUGCGGGGUAAUCUUAUUCUAUUCCCUUUAUCGAAUGACCUAUUACAUGGUAGAACAAUUACAACAGGAGUAAAGAUUACUCCAACAUGUUAUUUCAAAGGAGCUCAUGGUAUAUCAACUGUGACCAGUGUUGUAGUAGCCAGAUUGGGAUCAUGCCAAACAGAAAUACACUCAACUGGUGCGGAUGGAUGCAUAUGUCAUAUGGAAUAUAUCAAACUCAAAGACCAAACAGUUUUGGAGUUCAUAGGGAUGAAACAAGUUAAAGAGUUGACUUCAGUGCAGUCUCUUUUCUAUGAUCAAAAUUCUUUGUUUGAUUUGACAAGCAAUCUUUAUGCAACUGGCUUUGCAUCUACAGAUUUCAUUAUAUGGAACUUAAUUACGGAAGCAAAGGUGUUACAAAUCCAAUGUGGUGGAUGGCGGCGGCCUUAUUCUUAUUAUCUUGGUGAUGUACCAGAGCUUAAGAACUGUUUUGCAUAUGUCAAGGAUGAAAGGAUCUAUAUUCAUAGAUAUUUGGUCUCAGACAGUGAAAGAAAAAUAUAUCCUCAAAAUUUGCACGUACAAUUCCAUGGCAGAGAGCUGCAUUCUUUAUGCUUUAUACCUGAAGACUUUGAACUUAAAGCUGACACCAAGCAUGAAAUCUUAUCCAAAUCUAGCUGGAUCGUAACUGGUUGUGAAGAUGGAACUGUAAGGUUGACCAGGUAUACUCCUGGCACCAGUAAUUGGUCAGCUUCAAAGUUGCUUGGGGAGCAUGUUGGCGGAUCAGCUGUGAGAUCCAUAUGCUACAUAUCAAAAGUACACUUGAUUUCAUCGGAUGGGACCAUUAUACCUGAUAUAAAAGAUAUAAAAGAAUCUGACUCAGACGACAGAGAAAAUCCUAGCUUACUAAUUUCAACUGGUGCUAAGCGGGUAUUAACUUCUUGGCUACAGAAUCAGAGGAAGCUGGAUAAAAUGGAAGGAACAAAUGGUUAUUUACAACAUAAUGGCAAAGUUAGAUAUGAACCCUCCGGACUGUCCUCAUCAAUUUCCUUCAAGUGGCUUUCUACUGAUAUGCCAACCAAGAAUUCAAUUUCCCAUAGAAAUUCAUACAAUACUAGGACAGAUGAAGCCAAGACUGCUUCUAGCAGAAAUCAUGAUGCUAAAUUCAAAUCACUUGAAGAAAAAGAGGAGGUGAGGCCUAAUUCUUGUCCCAUAGAAAAAUAUGAAGAUGACUGGAGAUACUUGGCGGUUACUGCCUUUCUUGUUAGAUAUUUUAAUUCAAGGUUUACUGUCUGUUUCAUUGUUGUUGCAUGUUCAGAUGCCACACUCUCACUUCGAGCUCUAAUUUUACCCCAUCGGUUAUGGUUUGACGUUGCUUCAUUGGUUCCUGUGCGAUCACCAGUUUUGACAUUACAGCACAUAGUUCUUCCGAAGUUCUAUCCUAAAGGAGGAGGAGAAACUAUGGUUGGGAAUGUAUACAUCGUCAUUAGUGGAGCCACUGAUGGAAGUAUUGCAUUUUGGGAUUUGACUGGAAAUAUUGAAGCAUUCAUGAAACGUCUCUCUUCUCUUCAUCAGGAAAUGUUCAUUGAUUUCCAAAAACGGCCUCGUACAGGAAGAGGAAGCCAAGGUGGCAGAUGGCGGAGAUCCUUAGGUAGUGUGACCAAAGGUGGACUGAGAAAAGAUUCAAAGAAAGGUGGAGACGAUACCAACGUAAGUAUACAAAAUGAAGUUCCUCAUGAAAGCUCAUCCAGAGUAGACAUAUCUGAAGCCAAUACGGCUUGCUCUGAACCAGUCUGUUCUACUUCGUCUGAACUAGUUUUGAGCUCAGGCGAUUCUUCCUCUGAGAUGUGUGAAAUUCGGCCUAUCUAUGUUCUAAGCAAUGUUCAUCAAUCUGGCGUGAAUUCUCUCCAUGUAUCUGCUGUAAACAGUUCCAAACGUGUUAAUAAUUGUUUCACGUACCAUUUGAUUACUGGCGGUGAUGAUCAAGCCCUUCAAUGUCUUACGUUUGAUUUAUCUUUGCUCUCUGAAAGCCCUAUUUCUGAGAUAGUAGAACCUGAAUCUGAAAGCAUGAAGAGGUGCAUAUUUCAGAGUCAAGACUGUAAUCAUAAAUAUAUGGUUAGGUUUCUCAGUUCUCACAAAAUUGCAUCAGCUCACAGUUCGGCUAUAAAAGGUGUCUGGACAGAUGGGAUUUGGGUGUUCUCUACUGGUCUUGAUCAAAGGAUCAGGUGUUGGAAACUUGAGGCAGAGGGGAAAUUGGUUGAGUAUACUUACUUGAUCAUUACCGUGCCAGAACCGGAGGCCAUUGAUGCUAGAGCCUGUGACAAGAACCAUUAUCAAAUUGCGGUAGCUGGAAGAGGCAUGCAAAUUAUUGAGUUUUCUACAUCCCGUGAGGCUGGCAUAAGAUGAAAAUAGGAAACUAUCUUUACAUGUUAUAGCAAUUACAGGGGAACGUAUUCCCUCUCAGUACAGUGUAAAGUACUCCCCUCAUCUAAAUGGUUACCUUUUAGCCCACAUGAUCCAACUAAAUCUGUACCCCUUGUGACUGCCCUCUGCUAUUCCUUACAAAUCUCAGUCAAUAGCUGGUGUCCACCUGUACUAGUCUCAACCAACUAUUUAAUUACACAACACUGAGCUUCCAGCCUUGAGUUGCUAUUCAGUGGGCCCUUAACUCGUCUCUGCCUUUCUUCCCUUGAUUGUCCUACAGCCUUACAUGAAUCUAAUUGGGGCCUACCAACAUAUUUUUUCAUCUCUCCAUGGUGAGGAUUCUGCAUAUGGUCUCUUUUCAAGAUGGUAACAGUCGCCUGACCUCCUGAGUGAAGAAAGCUUUUCACAUCGCAUUUUAGAAUUAUUAAGUUAUUUGUAGCUAAAUGUAUUAAUUGAAGUAAAUUGUGGCUCAUUUUGCAGAAUACUUCUUAUUAAUUAUGGCUCAUUUUGCAGAAUACUUCUUAUUCCUUUUGUUAUAUUUGCCCAGGUCAUGCUCAACUUUGAGUUACGUAUGGCCUUUCACUUCAAUUUACUACUGUUUGUGUUAAUGAUUUUUAGCUCUUACUGUUCUUUUAAAAGAUUAAUAAAGCAGCAACUUGGUCGAGAUAAUUUCAGUGAUUAUAAUAGUGAUUGUUGGUCUUCAAUAUUUUGAUAGUACAGUACAGUUUACAAGCUAUGCUUCCAAUGUAGUGAAAUUGAAAGCUUGUUUAAACAUGACUUGGU